CUUUUACAUUUUGGGUUGAGAAGUUUAACCACAUUCUAGAACAUCAAUCAAUUAUAAGUAAUAAUUUAAUAAUGCUGUACUUCUGAAAAUGUUAAAGUUAAUUUUUUUUUUUUUCCCACUUAUCUUUACAUCAUCAACACUGCUUCACUCUGCUCCUCUCCUUUCUUCACAGUUUCACAACAUCCUCGCCGGAAGAAAAUUCAUCUCCUCCGGCGAGCCACUUCUCUCUAGCUUCACCGGAAGCUGAAUUCCCUAUAUCACUCACCUGAAGUGAUCCAUUAAGAAUGUCAAUACUUCCAUAUGUUUCCCUCAACCUAUCGACAACUUCGCCCAAGAAAUCACUUCCUUUCCGUUCCAAGAAUUCGACUUUAACUCCCAAUUCUCUUUCGUCUUCGCUCAAUUUCGACAGAAAGCUCGUAUUUUCACCUCUAUUGAAGAAGGGUCAUGGCGGGAUUGGCUCUUCAUUUGCCCUGGCGUGCUCAACUACUUCGUCGCCGUUUAUCGGAAAAGUUGGGUGGCAUAAACGAGAAGGCAAUUCUUCUUUACUCUCUUUUGGGGCGAAAUUUGAUGAUAGUGUGAUCAACGAUGAUAAGGAAGCGGAUUCUUCCCAAGUACUGUCUGCAAUGCUUCCCUUUGUGGUGGCCAUCACUGCAAUUUCUGCUCUUUCUCAGCCUUCCACCUUCACCUGGGUGUCAAAAGAACUUUACGCUCCUGCACUUGGAGGAAUCAUGUUAUCCAUUGGGAUCAGGCUUUCGAUUGAUGACUUUGCUCUUGCUUUCAAAAGGCCUGUCCCUCUGUCUAUCGGCUUUAUUGCACAAUAUGCUUUGAAACCAGCACUUGGCGUGUUGGUGGCACGGGCAUUUGGGAUGUCUGAUAUGUUCUUUGCUGGCUUUGUUCUCAUGUCUUGCGUUGCUGGUGCUCAAUUGUCUAGUUAUGCUAGCUUUCUUAGCAAAGGCGAUGUGGCAUUGAGCAUACUUUUGACCAGUUCGUCAACCAUUGCUUCGGUCCUUGUUACUCCUCUUCUAACUGGGCUUCUCAUUGGUUCUGUUGUUCCAGUUGAUGCAGUUGCUAUGUCAAAAUCAAUUUUGCAGGUCGUUCUUGCUCCAGUAACGCUUGGCUUAGUGCUUAAUACUUAUGCCAAACCUGUUGUGUCUCUGGUUAAACCUGUGAUGCCAUUUGUUGCAAUGAUUUGCACUUCAUUGUGUAUUGGAAGCCCUCUUGCUAUCAAUAGAAGCCAAAUACUGUCCUCUGAAGGGCUGCGAUUGGUUGCACCAGUGUUGACAUUUCAUGCAGUAGCAUUUACUUUGGGGUACUGGGUGUCAAAAAUCCCAGCAUUAGGGUAAACUUCUUUACCUUCCUAUUACGCUUUCUGAUGAUGAAAAAAUCUGUAAGAUGUGGUCUUUAUAAACUUCCAUCUGUUUCUCAUUAAUUAUGCUCCUCUGGCAUUUUUAUACAUCAUGUGAGCUCUGUCUCAUUGUUUGAUAAAUGGACACUGUUUCAUUUGACUUUAGGAGGUACAGGUUACUAAAUUAAGAUAUGAUGCAUCAACAUCCAACUGAUGUUUAUCCUGAAUUUGUCAUUUGUUGACAAAUGCUCAUGUUAAUAAUCAGUUAUACGGAACCUAUUCCUGAAAUUUCCCUGUCGUUGAAAGGAGCUUACAAUUCACCGAUGAUUACCUCAGUCUCUAUUGUGUAAUCUCAUCUCAUGUUUCUUAUUGGUAGCAUAGUGUUUGAUAUUUUCUUUUAUGCUUCCCUGUUGCUUUGUUAAAUUGUGAUGGAUCUGCUGCUGUAAGUUCUACAUCUAACAGUUGCCUGAUCUUUUGAUUGGAUGGGUCCAAAUUGAUUGAGUUCCAAAUGUUGAAACUCAUUAUCAACAGAUCAUAUCAGUGUCAAAUGGAAGUAAAAGAAUUGGAGCUUAACAAUGUCUCAUAACAAGUUUGUUACUAUGCAGGUUGGAAGAGGAAGUCAGCCGAACAGUUUCACUAUGUACCGGAAUGCAAAGUUCUACAUUGGCGGGGCUUCUAGCUACUCAGUUCCUCGGGAGCACUCAAGCAGUUCCCCCAGCAUGUUCUGUUGUUGCCAUGGCUAUCAUGGGACUAUGUCUUGCCUCUUUCUGGGGGAAUGGAUAUCGAAUCAGAGACUUACCGUCACGUUUACUUUCUCAAGCAGGUUCAACUGUCAAGGCUUGAUGUUGGUAGAUCAUUCCCGGUGGAGAAUCAAUUUAGCUAAUUAACAUGAAUAGAAACCAGUAGUAAUAGCUGCCAGCUUGUGAGCUCAUAAAUAGCUUUAAGAGUAUAUGGAUUUUAAGCAGAAAGGGAGACAUAAUUAGUAAAUACACUCUAGAUGCGUAGUGUUACUACAAACUAUACGGUUAGAGAGGGGAUUAUAAGUAUAAUGUAAAGUGGAAGCUUCGGGGCCCGAUUAUUAACAUGUACAGUUUUUUAUCUUUGUACAGAAACAGUAUCUAGAAUCAAUGAAUUAAUUUGUACUCCCUCCGUCUCAUAAUUAUUGUCUAGUUU